UUAAUGACGUGGGAGUAAAUCCGCUCUAGCGGAUGUUGACUCGGAGCUGCAAACGUCAAACAACUUCAGCAACGACCGCGGGUGACACUGAGUCUCUUUAAACCAGAUCCAAGCGCAUUUGACAGAUUCCUCGGUUGGGAUCUUUCUUUUGGUAGCAGAAUAAAGAGUUGUGAGGGGAGCACCGUGUCCAACCCCUUUCCCUAUACAGACAUCCGGCCAGAAUGUCCAGUGAUCCUCCUCCACCGUACCCUGGGGGUCCCAGUGCCCCCCUCAUUGAGGAGAAGAAUGGACAACCUGUUCCUUUGAGAAAUGCUCCUAUACAGGGACAGCCCUUACCUCCAGACUAUGGCCCUCCACCCUAUGAGGCCACAAACCCUGGCUUCCUGCCUCCUCAUGUUCCUGGAGAAGGACCCAUGCCCAUGCCCAUGCCAAUGCCUCCACCCAUGCAAGGUGGCCCCUACCCUCCGCCUGGUCACUUUCCUCACCCGAUGCCGGGACCGAUGGGCCCAGGUCCGAGUCACUUUGUCCACAUGGGGGGUCACACAGCGACCGUCCUGGCUCCUCCUGGAGCCGCCACCACUGUGACCGUACUGCAGGGGGAAAUGUUCCAGACCUCACCGGUGCAGACUGUGUGUCCGCACUGUCAGCAGGCCAUCGUCACCCGCAUCUCCCACGAUGUCGGCCUCAUGAACACACUCUUCUGCCUCUUCUGCUUCUUUGUAGGGUGUGAUCUGGGCUGCUGCUUGAUUCCCUGUCUGAUUGACGACCUGAAGGAUGUGACACACACCUGCCCGUACUGUAAGGGCUACAUUUACACAUACAAGCGUAUAUGCUAACCACCGACAGCAGUAUGCAACAGAGACGUGUACAUGCACACACACACACUCACAGCUUCUCCUGCUGAUAGUGACAGGCUCCCCCCCCGCCAUUUUUGCAAAGUGUUGUGAAGCCCUCUUACAUUGUAAGUGCAGUUUUCUCAUUAGUUCAGAGUAUUUACUGUAUAUAUCUUUCAGCAUAACUCUUUCAUGUAAAAAAACAUGCAUUUGAAAUGUACAAAUCUCACUGAAGUUGUAGGGCACUUAGAUAUCUGCAGAGAUGGAUAAGCAGCAGGCCCAUUGGUGCAUCUGGUCUUGUAUAGACACCUGAAGAAAAGGCUUGUGAUGUUACGCAUGUUAACGAAUACAAAAUAUCUGGAUAGAUACGGUCAGUUAGUGAAAGCUGUGAAAACGGUCACUUAAUUUAUUUAAUUCAUCUGUGAAUCUUGCAGAGAAGCAAACGUAUUGAAGUCAAACAUGCUGGGUUAGCUUUGUUGUUUAUUUUCUGUAUUUAUUUCAGAUAUUUUAUCCACUAUUUUAACAAGUUAAUAUUGAGAACUGUGAACAUGUUUGUCUGUCAGAUCUUUGCUCUAACCUUUUUUUCCCCCUUUUAAUCAUCCCUUCUUGAAUGUGAGCAAACUAACGAACCAUUUUAAACUGAUGCAUUUGCUUGUUUAGGAAUGCCCAAGAUUGACGUGACGUGCUAUAUUUUAUAAUCUUCUGGGUAUUCAGUCAGUAGUCACACAUUUUUAGUGAUUUACAGUUCUGCCCUCUGUCCAUUAUGUACUUAAUUUUGAUAGUAAAUCAAACAUUUGCACUUUAAGUUGAAUUGAAUCCCACUCCCCCCAUGGUGCAUCCAUCCACCUCAUUAGUGUUUGAGAGAUUCACAGUGUCAUCUCAUGAGUAAAAGCAGUGUAUUAUUUAAGUAGACUUUAAAGUAGAGCCAACAAAAGAGUUUAACUGUUACCUAACAAGACACACUGCAUGGCAUCUUGGCAAUCUUAUGUCCUCUCUAUAAGACCAUGUUGGCAAACAAAUGACCGUGGUGGCACCAUCAUCAUGACAUGUUUAGCCUGUAACCCUCCUAGUAAUGGCAUCAGCCCUUUAAGAUUACCUGCAUUGUUCAGAUGCAUGUUAGAAAAGAAAUACCGAUGUAUUUUGACUUAUACUAAAUAGUGAACCUCUCUGUUAGGAAUAAGCUUCUAAUAAAUGAUUGUAUCAGACAUCCUGCAAAAUAACAUUGUGAUUCCAUAGAGAUUACUAACAAUGGAACAACCAUCGUGUGCCCACCACAGCAUGCGCAAUCUGCCCAUCACGUUCUCUCACAAUGUGCAGUUUGUCUGCAUGAGCCACACCUCAAAACAAAUAAUUGUCACUGGCUAGUUCCUGGACUCUCUUAGCAUUGGAUUCUUUUUUCUUUUCUUCUUGAGGCUAGUUAAACUGUCUGAGAAAGUGAAUUUUGAGUUGAAGGAUUGCAUUGAACUUUUAAUACGAAGUACAGUAUGCCAUUCUUGUGCAUAAUGCUGGUUUGCAUUGCUCUCUAAAUGUCUGUGAUAUGUAUAACUAUGUCAACAUUUGUUUGACUGUUGUAUACAGGUACUAUUUUAUCAAUAAAAAUCAGAACAUGA